AUGAGGAAUCGUUCAGUAGUGACUCAAUUUAUACUGCUGGGUAUCCCACACACAGAGCAUCUGGAAGACAUGCUCUUUGCCUUGUUUUUGUCCUUUUACCUCUUCACCCUCAUGGGGAAUCUGCUCAUCCUGCUCGCGAUUAUCUCCUCCACUCGACUUCACACUCCUAUGUAUUUCUUUCUGUGCAAGCUAUCUGUUUUUGACAUCUUUUUCCCGUCAGUGAGCUCCCCCAAGAUGCUGUUCUAUCUCUCAGGGAAUAGCCGCACAAUCUCCUAUGCUGGCUGUGUGUGCCAGCUCUUCUUUUACCAUUUCCUGGGCUGCACUGAGUGCUUUCUGUACACCGUGAUGGCCUAUGACCGCUUUGUGGCCAUAUGUUACCCUCUGCGCUACACAGUCAUCAUGAGCCACAGAAUAUGCGCCAUCCUGGCCAUGGGGACCUCAGUUUUUGGCUGUAUUCAGGCAAUCUUUCUAACUACUCUGACAUUCCAAUUGCCGUACUGUGGUCCCAAUGAGGUGGACUAUUACUUCUGUGAUAUUCCAGUGAUGUUGAAGCUAGCCUGUGCAGAUACCUCAGCCUUGGAGAUGGUGGGAUUCAUUAGUGUGGGCCUCAUGCCUCUCAGCUGCUUCCUUCUCAUUCUAACCUCCUACAGCCGUAUUGUCUAUUCCAUCUUGCAGAUCCGCUCUGCAGAGGGUCGACGUCGUGCCUUCUCCACCUGCAGUGCCCACCUCACUGCCAUUCUUCUCUUCUACAUGCCUGUGGUCCUCAUCUACCUGCAACCCACCCCUAGUCCCUGGCUUAAUGCAACUGUUCAAGUCUUGAACAACCUGGUCACGCCCAUGCUGAACCCCUUGAUUUACAGCCUCCGGAAUAAGGAGGUGAAAUCAUCUCUAAGAAAAAUCCUACACCAGUUGGGUUUCCCUUCUGAGUAG